UUGCAGUUACUUGCAAUACAGGCUCUGCGCAGCAUUCAAGCAUCGCUAUACGUUUUCGCCAAAGCAUUUCAUUCGGAUCUGCAGGAUUCAAACCACAGCAGUUCAUUUGUAACCGAAAUGGACCCAUAGUAUGACAACUUUCAUUUGACUUGAUUUCUUAUUUUAUUUCAUUGUCAUAUUUGAUAUUUAUUUUUCUUCAUCCGAUAUCAUUGAUUUUUCUACUCUCAUCCACAAUUGAUUUGCAGCCAGUUUGCUCACGACCACCCAGCUCUAAAGGGAAUACUGUGUCUCGAGCAGAUCUCUCUCUUUUCUGUCUUUCCUGCUGUUAUUCGAGAAGGAGGCUCGCGCACUUUGGAUUGGUACCUUGACUGGUUUUUACCAAGAACCGGACAAACGGGGGAUUUAUUCUUUGCUUCUGCGCUCGUGGAAGUGGACAACGGCGGUGACAGGGUCGCCUUUCUGUUGUGAGGAAUGUACCCUGUGCUCAGGUCGGCUCGCUGAGGGAGAAUAUUAACGCGCUAUCUUCUUCUUCUCUCUGAAUGAGACUGAUUUGCACCUUUGGUUUUGUAUUCCGGAGGUGUUCGGGUAAAGGGACUAACUCGGCAGCAGGUUCUUUCUUGGAGAUGCACUACACUUGAUUGUUUUUACGCAUUCACCAUUUCGUCCCUUUUUUUCCUCUCUCCCCAUUUUCAGAUCGUGAUAUAGAGUUUAAUUGCCUCAGUCAUUCUCUUGGGCGUUUCACGUCUCUUUUUUUUUUGACAUAUAAUUUCGGAUCGGAUUGUGAUCCUCCCGAAAGACCGUAAUAAUGGGGGACUCGAUGUGGAGAUAUUAUGUAGGAGUUUUGUUUAUUGCGUGCAAGGUGAUCUUGACCAGGGCGAUAAUUAUGGACGCCAUAUAUUGGAACACAACAAAUACAAAAUUCGUGCCAGGACAGGGCUUGGUGUUGUACCCUCAGAUAGGGGAUAAGUUGGACAUAGUCUGCCCACGUGUGGACGGAGUAACUGAUGGGGUGGAGUAUUACAAGAUCCACAUGGUUCCCAGGGAGCAGCUGGAGAGCUGCACCAUCACCAAGGCUGACACACCACUGCUCAACUGUGUGAAGCCUGACCAGGACGUCAAGUUCACCCUGAAGUUUCAGGAGUUCAGCCCCAACCUGUGGGGCCUGGAGUUCUUCAGAGGACAAGACUACUACAUCAUCUCAACCUCUAAUGGCACCAUGGAGGGGCUUGAGAACCAGGAAGGAGGAGUUUGCAAGAUGAAAUCCAUGAAGAUAAUCAUGAAAGUGGGACAAAGUGCCUCUGAUCCUGUCUCACCCAAAGACUACCCCACCAGAUACCCUCCCAAGCAGCCCGACACAGUGGGAAAGGACUCCUACAAACCAAACCAAGUGCUGGAGAAGACAGAUUCGUCGUACAGGGAGGGCGAGGGCGACCAGGGGACGGGUGGUAAAUCCUCCAGCAUCAUCGGCUCCGAGGUGGCCCUGUUCGCAUGCAUUGCCUCGGGCAGCGUCAUCUUCAUCGUCAUCAUCAUCAUGCUGGUCCUGCUGCUGCUCAAGUACCGGCGACGGCACCGCAAGCACUCUCCGCAGCACGGCACCACGCUGUCCCUCAGCACGCUGGCCACGCCCAAACGGGGCAACAACAACGGCUCGGAGCCCAGUGACAUCAUCAUCCCUCUCAGGACUUCAGACAGCGUCUUCUGCCCGCACUACGAGAAAGUGAGCGGGGAUUACGGUCACCCGGUCUACAUCGUUCAGGAGAUGCCCCCUCAGAGCCCUGCUAACAUCUACUACAAGGUCUAAACCUCACCUCCAACCUCCCUGGCAGGGCUCGUUUUUGGAUUGGACCCUCCUUUCCCAUCUCUCUGUUAUUGUUCUUGUUGUUUUUACAGAAACGUUACUAUUUGUGGUUAAUAUUCCUUGUUUUUUGGGGGAUUCGUUCGAGAACGUGAAAGAGAAAAGCUGCUCUCCUGCGGAUUUUUUUUUGGGGGGGGAUACCUCCUAUCCGCUUCUCUUCUCUCCCAGCAGCUUGUGUGUUUGUGUGUGUGGACGGACGGACGUACGGAAGGACAGAUGGAUGGUUGGAGAGACAGAAAGAUGCCCCCCCCUGACCCCUACACGUGUUUGUUUUGGGUACACAGAAGGAACAGAGGAGUUUGACCCAAACCUCCCUGGAUAUCCUGCUCUGCGAUUCUCCCCAAAAGAGACUACUGCUGGGAAAGAGAGGGAAAGAGACAAUGGAGGGAGAAAGAGAGGGAUGGCAGAAAGAGGAAUGGCAGAGAGAGGAAUGGCAGAGAGAGGAAAAGGAGAGAAGGGGCGGACCUUGAACUCAUGUCAGUAAUGGCAUUUAGCCAUGAGACACUUUGUGGAAAUAUCCACUCUGGGACAAUCCCGAAUGACACACGGACAUCACCCUAUCACCCACACAACCACCCACUCACUCAACCUAUCACCCACACACCCACACACUCACCCACUGUCAGUCAUUGUGAACGGUUCAGACCCUCGUGCUCGUUACGACCCAUAAUUCCCUCAUCGUUUUUCCGACCACACCUUUUACUUUCUUGCAUCAUCAAUCAUUACCGUGGUUACUUGAAAAAAGGUUUUGGAGAAGAAGAAACCAACACAAUUCCUUUUUAUAGCUUCAUUAUUGUUGGUUCAUUCCUGUUCAACUUGCAGAUUAUUUAUUGUUUUGGUAACGUGGUUUUGUCGCAGCUCAUGCCGUGCUGGUGUACGUGACUUUCAAAUACACACAGACACAUGUGAAAAACACAACACGCACGCACACGCACACACGCACGCGCACACACGCACACUACUGCCUCUGAGUGGUCAGGGCUCACCAGGUGGCUUCUGGGAAGGGUGGAGGACCUAAAUGAAUCAUAGAGCAGCCGCUGUCUGAAACGGAGAGGUCUAAGUGGAGUUUAACCUAGCCACUGUCUGAAACAGAGAGGUCUAAGUGGAGUUUAACCCAGCCACUGUCUGAAACAGAGAGGUCUAAGUGGAGUUUAACCCAGCCACUGUCUGAAACAGAGAGGUCUAAGUGGAGUUUAACCCAGCCACUGUCUGAAACAGAGAGGUCUGGUGGAGUUUAACCCAGCCACUGUCUGAAACAGAGAGGUCUAAGUGGAGUUUAACCCAGCCGCUGUCUGAAACAGAGAGGUCUAAGUGGAGUUUAACCCAGCCGCUGUCUGAAACAGAGAGGUCUAAGUGGAGUUUAACCCAGCCGCUGUCUGAAACAGAGAGGUCUAAGUGGAGUUUAACCCAGCCACUGUCUGAAACAGAGAGGUCUGGUGGAGUUUAACCCAGCCGCUGUCUGAAACAGAGAGGUCUAAGUGGAGUUUAACCCAGCCACUGUCUGAAACAGAGAGGUCUAAGUGGAGUUUAACCCAGCCACUGUCUGAAACAGAGAGGUCUAAGUGGAGUUUAACCCAGCCACUGUCUGAAACAGAGAGGUCUAAGUGGAGUUUAACCCAGCCGCUGUCUGAAACAGAGAGGUCUAAGUGGAGUUUAACCCAGCCACUGUCUGAAACAGAGAGGUCUAAGUGGAGUUUAACCCAGCCACUGUCUGAAACAGAGAGGUCUAAGUGGAGUUUAACCCAGCCACUGUCUGAAACAGAGAGGUCUAAGUGGAGUUUAACCCAGCCGCUGUCUGAAACAGAGAGGUCUAAGUGGAGUUUAACCCAGCCACUGUAUUAAACAGAGAGGUCUAAGUGGAGUUUAACCCAGCCGCUGUCUGAAACAGAGAGGUCUAAGUGGAGUUUAACCCAGCCACUGUCUGAAACAGAGAGGUCUAAGUGGAGUUUAACCCAGCCGCUGUCUGAAACAGAGAGGUCUGGUGGAGUUUAACCCAGCCACUGUCUGAAACAGAGAGGUCUAAGUGGAGUUUAACCCAGCCACUGUCUGAAACAGCUCUAGGUUCCGUAGUGUCUGUUCCCAUGGGCAACAAGAACCGUUGCCCUCCUACACAACUUUAAAAAGCACAGGGACAUCAAAGCUCAUUGUCACUUUUUCUCAAACAUCAUCUUUAGCAUUUCCUUGUUGUUUUUUAAAUGUUUUACUAUUAUUAUUAUUAUUUUUAUUUUUUUUAGUUAGAAAAAUAGAUGUACAUUUAAAGGAGGUCAUUUUGAAAACAGAAAGAGUAAGAAAUAAACCAUCUGAAAAAAAACAUUAUUUAUUCAUCAUAGACCCAUUAGAGGUGUUGUCAGAAAGACACUGAUGUAGUCUUUAGUCUGGUAUAAAAGUACACAUUAUGCAAGCUAGAGUUUUAAUGAUCUAAUUCACCCACAAUGUCACAUCUUUUCAUUAACUUCCACCCAGAGACACAGGACUAGAGCCUGGGAAGGGGAUAGGGAGGGCAGCCUGGACAUAUGCCCCAAGGGGAGAGGAGGUUGUUGGACCCAAAAUAGCGUAACCACCAGGCAGACCAGCAGUGUAUCCCACAGUCCUUCACUGUAGCAUCUCCCAAAGGACCAUGGGAAAUUCUCAUGAUGACCCUGUGCCCCUCUUUCCCCAUGCUACCGUGUGUGUGUGUGUGUGUGUGUGUGUGCCUCCUGUUGAGCAAGGCCAGUGAAAGACAGCCAUUUUGUUCUCUUUAUUCACACGCAUUUGAAAACAUUGACUUAAGAAAAUGAGAACACGAUUGUGACUUAUACCAUGCCCCAAAUCAUGUAUCUGUUCACAACCAACAUUCUCAUUAGUUCAUUAAGAACAUCAAAUUUCACCAAGCCUUGUAUGAUCUGGGGUUUGUGCCUCUAAGAGGCUACAAAAUCUGCAAAUAUGCAAUUUCUAUUUAUUUUUUUAAGAAUUGAGAGAAAUCUACACCUAUGGAAAGUGUUCUUAAACCACUGAGAGAUGUAACAACAAACAGGACAACAACAAAACGAGUAAAGUACAUCACACGAGCCUGCUGUUAAGAGUUUUUGAUUUCUAGUAUUAUUUUAACAUUUAUUUAGUUCCAAGGUGAACUGUGAAGAAAAAAAGAAAAAAAACGUUUUGAAAAUGAAAUGCACCCGGACAGUUAUUUAAGAGAGAGAGAGAGACAGAGAAAACACACACACCAGGAAUCACAAAACAAAUUGAUGUUGAGUUGCUGUCUGACUGCGACAGAAUAUGACAAUCGUUUUAGUUUCUUUGAAUCUGACGUCCUUAUCCUAGCUAACGUACAACUGACAUUCUUCUAAAACGGCUAGGGUCGAUUUUCAUGUCUCUGUUAUGUCAAUGAAAUGUUGCAGCCACGUUGAGAGAAUGUUAGUAAGCUGGCUAGGAGAAGUACUUCAGGCUAACUGUAAAAUGCCUUGCUCGUAUUGGUCAGCCCUUGGUCACCUGACUCAGUAAUUUUGCACCGUUCUAUCUGUAGGUGAGAAACUGUAAAUACAUGAAUGUGUGUAUUGUUUAUGGAUCCUGGGAUGUUACAAUAGCCUUAUUCACCUUUUUAGGAAAGUAAAUGGACAUGAAUAAAGAGCAAAAAUGGGACACUCUUCUGUAAAACAGAGCAUAUGUUUGUUGGUAAAUAGCUUGUGUAUAUAUUGACAAGAUCAAUAAAACAAUGUUUUUAUCAACUCUUAAAGUAAGAUGUUUUGUAUACAAUUAGGAUUUUUUUGUUUUGAUUUUUGUUGUUGUUGCUAUGUAUUUUAGCUAGCGCUCGUUGGAAAGCCCUUGUCCUCCUCCCACUCCCUCCCCCUUUUGCACUGUUUCCAUGGCAAUCUGGUUUGGAAACAAUCGAGAGAACAAGUUGCCAAACCGACUGCUGCAUAUUCCUGUGUACCAUAAAUAUUUAUUGAAUUCAUUUUUGUUGUUGUUCUGUUUUUUUUAAUUAUUUUUUAAAAUUUGAUUUCUGUUCAGUAAGUGACACAGUAUUACGAUUGCGUUGUUCAUUUGUCUCCCUGUCCUGGUUUCGUUAGUCUGUCCUGGUUUCGUUAGUCUGUCCUGGUUUCGUUAGUCUGUCCUGGUUUCCAGGUGGCUGUAUCAGUAACCCCUCCCCUUGCAGUUUGAGAUGACCAGGCCGUUGAAAUGGUUAAACAUUCAAAAACAAAAUUAACUAAAGUGACACACAUUCCACCAGUCUGUUAAAGAACUGAAAAUGUUUUUCAAUAAAAUGUUUUUCCUAUGGA